CGGGAAUCAUGGAUUCAUGGUGUCAUUGACAACUGCUUUUACCGGGUUUCCGCAGAAACAAAAUACAACCUAUAUUAAACGAAAUUAAGAUGUAUGCACCACUUACGCGCUUCAUAUAUAUCGAGGCGUUUUCUUUUUAUUUUAUUUUUCUUUACUAUUUCCAUGACAGCCCUUGUCUGUGGGGAGGAGGGGCGGGAUUGUCCCAAAAGUAUGUAGUGAUACUCUAUCGGCAGGAAUCCUAUUCGUCGAAGAAGCGUUGUGAUGCGAACAUUAUCAAGCAUAUUAUUACCAUUUCGCGCUGCUAUUAUUUCUGUGGCGCCUUAUGGCUUUCUUAGACUACCGACGCUAUUAUCACCUCGGCUGCUUGGACGAAUUAUCUCGGUCUCGGUCUCGCUCCUGGUUCGUUGCUUAUGUAUUCUUAUUCACAUUUCACAUCCACGUGGGUUCGAAACCCGAUCCGGGAUCUAUCCCCCCUUCUUUUUACGAAGUUCGCCGGGCUCCCUGGUAACGGACCACCUCAAUUUCAAUCAAGAAACAUGCUUUGCCACCCUUUCACGUUGCACGACAUGUGCCGUACAUACGUCUAGACAAUAUAAGGGGGCCUAUCUAUCACCAUGUUUAGUAACCGGUCCUCUCUACAUACCCUACCGUAAUUUGUACUAAGGUUGUUCCGCUCACCGCUGCCUUAUGUACACUAUUGUGCCGGUCACGAUGCAUCAGCUGGCGGUAUGAUAACUUGCAGGGGGGGUCUCAACGAUCUAACCUGGGAGUUCUCGAACAUGCAUUCCAAA